AUGGAAGACUCUGAAUGUGCCAACGCCCAGUUCCUGGCCUGGGUCAAGGAAUGGCUAGAUGUUGCCAGAGAACGCAACUCCAAGGGCGUCACCGCAUACAGAAACGCCUAUGAAUCUCUCAAAGCAUGCCCCAUUGCAUUCGAGCAUCCCGCAUCGCUGCAGCAGCUCAAGGGAUUUGGGCCAAAGCUCUGCGAGCGGCUUGAAGACAAGCUGAAGCAGCACUGCCAGCAAAACGGACUGCCCAUGCCGGAGCAUCCCCAAGUCAGGAAAGCCAACGAAAGGGCCCAGCAAGAGGAAGGCGAUGCGGAGACCGGACCCAAGAAGAAGACCAGGCAGCCCAAGGCAUACGUCCCUGCGUUUCGAUCGGGAGCCUAUGCCCUGAUACUCGGCCUUUCUCACCUGCCUGAAGAUGUAUCCUCCAGCUUGACCAAGACAGAACUGAUAGAGGCCGCACAACCACACUGUGACGCCUCAUUCACUACGCCAGUUGACACGACAAAGUUCUACACUGCUUGGAACUCGAUGAAGACGCUGGUUCAGAAGGAGCUGGUGUACGAAAGAGGACGGCCCCUACGCCGAUAUGCAUUGACGGACGAGGGCUGGGCGGUAGCUAAACGAAUCAGGGAGACGGCGCAGUGGCGAGAUGAAAACAUGUCCAGCGUGCAACAAGGGCCAAGUCAGCGCCCGCAGCCACCGUCUAUACCAGUAGAAGAUGAAGACUUGAUGCCCAUUGCCAAUGAAGCCGUAACAACAACAGCCGAUGAGCCUUUGUUUUAUAGGAACAUCGUCUCAGAUGGCCCGGUUGUUUUGGAAGAUGAAGAUUUACCCACCUUUACUCCCAUCAUUCUCCCUCCUGGGUCUUUUACCGUGCACCUGCUACUCGACGUUCGAGAGGUCAGAGCCAAAACGGAUCGAGACUAUAUGCAGGAGGAGCUGGUCAAGCAAGGGGUAAAGCCAAUUAUGAGAAGCCUAGAAGUCGGCGACGUCCAGUGGAUUGCCAAAUGCCAUGAUGCAGCGCUCUUAUCAAGACACGGAGCAGAAGGAGACGAGAUUGUCUUGGACUGGAUCGUCGAGAGAAAGCGUCUGGAUGACUUGAUUGGAAGUAUCAAGGACGGUCGGUUCCACGAACAAAAAUUUCGACUCAACCGGGCUGGCGUGAAAAAAGUUGUCUAUCUCAUUGAAGAAAUCUCCAUGGAUUCCGCCGCAUAUCAGAGAUACGAGGAGGCAGUGCAGUCAGCCAUUGCGUCAACGCAAGUAGUCAAUGGCUAUUUUGUGAAACGGACUCAAAAGAUUGACGACACCAUCAAAUAUCUAGCCAAGCUGACGGCAAUGCUCAAGCGCACGUACGAGCAGAAGCAGCUGCACGUCAUCCCAACAAAGGUCAUCACUGCGCAGAAUUACCCGCGCUUGAUCCAGCACCUUUGUGAGAAGCAGCCCCCGGUUGGAUAUUAUGUCACGUAUCCGGCUUUUGCGUCUUUGGCUUCCAAAUCGGAGACAAUGACCCUCAGGGACAUGUUUCUCAAGAUGCUCAUGACAACAAAGGGGCUUACCGGAGAGCGCGCGCUCGAAAUCCAGCGCAGAUGGAAGACGCCAUAUGACUUUGUCAAGGCGUUUCACGCGUGUGGAUCAGAUGAGCAAGGCAAAAAGCGCAAGAGAGAGCUUGUAUGCAGCGAGCUGAGUCACUUGAUUGGACGUAAAAAGAUAUCCAGACCCCUGAGUUACAAGAUUGCGGAAGUCUGGGGAGACGCUUAG